AUCUUAAUUCUCUUUGCAGAUUUCUCUCUUCCCAACAAAACACACGAAUCUCUCACUGUUAAGAAAAAGAUUUAGGUAUUGAGAAUGGGGAGACCACCAUGCUGUGACAAAAUGGUAGUGAAGAAAGGGCCAUGGACUCCUGAGGAAGAUAUAAUGCUCGUCUCUUAUGUUCAACGCCAUGGCCCUGGCAAUUGGCGCCAAGUCCCAACCAACACCGGACUGCGUAGAUGCAGUAAGAGCUGUAGGCUAAGGUGGACAAAUUACCUUAGGCCUGGUAUCAGAAGGGGAGAUUUCACCCAUGAUGAGGAAACCAUGAUCAUCCAGCUACAAGCUCUUUUGGGUAACAAAUGGUCAGCGAUAGCUUCAUAUCUCCCUGAGAGAACAGAUAACGACAUUAAAAACCACUGGAAUACCCAUUUGAAAAACAAGCUUAGAAAGCUCUAUGAUCAUGACCAUGAUCGGAUUCCAUCUUCUUCAACAUCAUCAUCAUCAUCUUCCUCCCACCAUAUCUCCAGGGGUCAGUGGGAGAAGAGGCUUCAAACUGAUGUUCACAUGGCCAAACAAGCACUGAGUGAUGCUUUAUCUUUAGACAAACCAUCCAUCUUUCUUGAUAACUUUCCUGCUCCUCAACCUACUUCUUCUUAUAAUACCUCUACCCAAACAACCACUUAUGCUUCUAGCACCGGCAACAUAGCAAAUCUGCUCAAAGGGUUCAUGAAAAACGCACCCAUCAGUUCAAAAUCAAGUUCAGAUUCUAGCACUUGCAAGACUACUGGGAUUGAUUCAUCCGAAGGGUUUGAAUCUUUGCUUGGUUUUGAUCAGUCUUUUGGGUCUCCAAAUGGUUCAGAUCUUUCCCUAUCAAACAUGUCGCCAAAAGAAAGCAAGCCGGAGUUAAUUGGUGCCCAACUGCCAUUCACAAUGUUUGAAAACUGGUUGCUUGAUGAAGCCGGUGGUGAUGAUGUGAUUAAUCAAAGGAAAACAGAUUUAACUCAUUUCGCGUUUGAUCAAAACCCAGAUCAUUUUCGCAACUGAGUGUUGUUGGGGAGAUAGAUAUAACCUCCGAUUUGAUUCAUUUCAUCUGUCUUGAUUCUUGUUUAUUUUCCUUGAAUCUUUUUUUGUUGUUGACAAUUUCUUGUUAAUGUUA